AAAAUGGGUCGUGAGGUGUUUUUCAGAAUUGUGGGAUUUGUAGUUCUUCCACAAAUAUAUGCUACGCUAGCGAGGUCAACAUGUGGAACCUACCAACCUCAAGCUAGCUCUGUUGGGUGGUAUCAGUCAUCAUGUCGUUUUGUUUUAAYUUUGACCUUCCAGCACAAACAACAACCCACGACGAAGAGGCUGGAAAUAAACAUCAAAACGGAAAGAAAGAUAAUGAUGCYAAGUGUAUAGAAAACAGUACCAAAACAGCUGGGCUGGUAAAAGAGGCCAAAGAGCACCUUCCACCRUCUGACCCACAGUUCCUCCUUACAAAUGCUGUUUUUGAAACCGUUACCGUUGGAACCCUUCCUCCUCUCCACUUCCUUAAUGAGACCGUCUUUGAAAGGACAGCCUCAGAGAGAGAGGAUGAGGAGAAUAUUCUGUCUCACAGUGCAAAGCAGAAGUCUGACCUCAUCUCCGGUGUGUACGAAGGAGGCCUGAAGGUGUGGGAGUGCACUUAUGACCUUCUGGAGCUGAUUGAGAAAGAGGGAGAGACGUUUAGUGGGAGGGCAGUUUUGGAUUUGGGCUGCGGAGCGGGUCUGUUGGGAAUUCUGGCUCUGAAGAGAGAAGCUAGGCAGGUUUGCUUUCAAGAUUACAACGGUACAGUCAUUGAACAGCUUACAGUUCCAAAUGUAUUGCUAAACCUCCAAGAGGACGUUGAGACGGACAGUGACGAUGACCAAAAAGGGAAGGGCAAGGGGAAAAAUCAGAUGACAGAGGAUUGUGAAAAGAAAGAAAAAAAUGACCAUCCACCUUCUAAGAAAAGAGCCAUGGACUUUUCCCACCCGUUACUCAGGAGGUGUCAUUUCUUCUCUGGUGACUGGAGAACUUUUCAUCCGUUGGUUCUCAAAACUGUACCACAGYCCAAAUUUGACAUAAUAUUCACCUCAGAGACUAUCUACAACACUGAGUACUACCCUGCUCUGCAUGAGACCCUCCAGAAACUGCUGGCGCCUGAUGGUCGGGUCUACCUCGCGACCAAAUCGCACUACUUUGGUGUCGGAGGUGGGCUGCAUCUGUUUGAAACAUUUCUGGAGCAGAGGGGGGUUUUCUCUCUGGAUCACCUGUGGGAUGGAGAAGACGGUCUCCAGAGACAUGUAGUAGAGCUACGUUUCAAAAAGCCAAAGGACACCUGAUUAAGGACCAUCUGGGACUUUUGAAACUGAUUCAUUGGUGAACCAUCACAUUAAAUCUGAUUGUUUAUUCAUGCAGCAUAUAAAACUAAAUUGUUGAAAUCCUAAAACAAGGAAAAACUGUAAUAAAUUCAAAUCGUCUUUGCUCAUUCA